UGCGCGAAACGGUUUUAGUUUUCAUUUCCGGGGUUAAGGCAGCCGCCAUAUCCGAAUGCGUUUCAAACACAGAGACAUGUUUAUGUUUAGCCAGUCGAGAAAAACAGUCUGGAUCAUAAUAUAGCGCUUUUAUUACACCCAAUAGACCUCCAAAAGACAGAUUUAAAGAUGUCAUUGGUGGAUUUGGGAAAGCGUCUUUUAGAAGCAGCACGCAAUGGUCAUGACGAUGAAGUCAGGACGCUGAUGGCCAAUGGGGCCCCAUUCACUACUGACUGGCUUGGAACGUCUCCAUUGCAUUUAGCAGCCCAGCAUGGUCAUUACUCCACUGCAGAAGUGUUGCUCAGGGCGGGUGUCAGCAGAGAUGCCCGAACCAAAGUGGACAGGACCCCACUGCACAUGGCGGCCACAGAAGGCCAUGACGUUAUUGUUGAGUUAUUAAUCAAGAGUGGAGCAGAUAUCAAUGCCAAAGACAUGUUAAAGAUGACCGCCCUCCACUGGGCCGCCCAGCACGGUCAUCACAGCGUCGCCGAGCUGUUGAUCAAACACGGCGCUGAUGUGCACGCCCUCAGCAAAUUCGACAAGUCAGCUUUUGACAUUGCAGUCGACAUACAAAAUGGCGAACUUAUGCAUCUAAUACAGGAGGGAAUGCGGAAUCAGGUGAACAGAAAUGCUGAAAUGUCAAUCACCAAUGGCGGCAGCGCACAACAGUUCAUCAUCCAGGGCGUCCCUAACAUCCAAGGAGGAGUUGUCAACCUCGCUGACUUCAUCAAAACCAGCUCAGGUGACACAGAGGAGGCUAUAGCUGUUAGCGCGUUGGACUCGGGUAUACAACAAAUGGUAAAUGAGUCUGGUCAGAGGGUUAUAACUAUAUUAACAGAUCAACAUGGAAACGUACAAACAAAUGGACUCGGUCAGCCUUUCUUUGUCACGAUGCAAGAUGGACGACAAGUAUUGGCAGUUUCAACCAAUCAGAUUACAGAGGAAGUAGUGGAGGAGUCUGAACCCCCUGCCCGUAAACGUAAAGUUGAAGUCUCGUCCAAUAAUACUGAGUCUGGCGAAACGGAGCAUCUCCAAUGGCAGUUACAAGAAGCCAACAGGAAAGCUCAAUCCUAUCGACAACAGCUACUUCGCAAAGAGCAGGAAGCCGAAGAGUACCGCAAGAAACUGGAGGCCAUGUCGAACGGACAGUCCAACGGCACUUCCGAUCUGGGUCAGGAACAGGUCGUGUUUGUACAGGAAGAGGGAGUGAUAGAGGAAGCGACCGAGGGAGAGGAGGAAGUCGUCAUGUUUUCGGAAGGUGGCGUCGUCAUUAAAACAGAAGAGAUGGAUUCCUCUGAUGAGCAGAUAACUCUGGUGGAAGCCACGGCGGGUCACACCGAAGUCAUUUCGUAGAGGACAUCCCAGCGAGCGUGGACUCGAUGAUUGGGCAACCAAAGAGUGCAUUGGCACGGUUUUGGUUUGGUUAAAUUUUUGGUUUUUGCAAUCAAGUCCUUUUGUAAUUUAUUUCCUUCUAUUUUGCCUGUUUUGUGCAUCGAUUAAAAAUUCAUAAACACAACUGCAAUGUGCAUCAUAUGCACACACAGAGGAGGAAGAAGAAAAUGCGUGUUUUGUUGUAGACAGCUGGAAAACACUCAGGUUGGAACUCGUACCUGCCUUAUUCAAAGUUUUAUCACUUUAGUAAUAAAACAUUGCCAUGGCUCAUUUUGA